GGCGCCGUGCCGCGGUCACCGCCUGACGCCGUCGGACGACGAGAUGUACCAGCGGACGCGGGUGACGGUGCUGCAGCCCGAGAGCCCCAACACCGCCUUCAUCGAGGGCUACAGCACCCGCGGGUUCAGCAUCAGCGGGAGCGUGGUGGUCGGGCCCUGCGCCGUGCUGCCCCGCGCCAUCCUGCAAUGGAACGUCGGCUCCCACCGCGACAUCUCGCUGCAGAGCCUGGCGCUGUUCCGCCUGCUGGAGCCGCGGAUAGAGAUCCUGGUGCUGGGCACGGGGGACAGAGUGGAGCAGCUCCAUCCCAGCGUGCUGCGGCAGAUGCGGCUGUGUGGGAUUGCCGUGGAGGUGCAGGACACGCCAAACGCGUGUGCCACCUUCAACUUCCUGACAAGCGAGAAACGCCUGACAGCCGCCGCCCUCAUCCCCCCUCGGGGCACCUACACGGGGCUCACAGAGCUGCCCGCUGCCACGGACUGAGAGCAUCUGCCCUCACCUGCCCGCAGCGCUGGGGCUGCCACACUCCGAGCACCGCUGCUGCGGGCAGAGAAACGCUGCAGGAUGGAGCGUCAGAGCCCGGCUGCUGGCUGGUUACUGCCUCUCAGCGAGCAGGACGGUGUUGUGGAGUGCUGUACAGCCGUGCCUGGGGGCUGCACGAGGAGAAUAUACAUAAAUCAGAAGUGCAAAGCAAUCACGGAGUGGUUAACGCUCAGCAAAGGGGCUGUGACGAGCUACUUGGCUUGGCGUGCUCACCACCCCUGCAGAGCUGGCAGGUGGCGGGGAGGGGGCAGCUCCUUGGGCUGGGUGCCAGGUGUCAGGGCCGCCUCCUGCCAGCAGCUCCUCGCCUGCCCCGUGCUCUGCUCUGAGGUUGGUGGCUCCCUGCUGAGCCCUGAGCUGCUGUAGGACGCUGCAGUGCUUGCCCUCCUCCCUGCAGGUGAAUGAGUGCUUGGCACUGAUACGGCUGUCCUGUAAUUCCAGGUUCUGGUUUUAGCAUAUGCAAAUCUAAUUUGACAUCCCCGUG